GCGAUUGUUGAUAGAAAUCCAGCAGUUGCAUCGGCAGCCCUUGUCUCAUCAUUUCACCUGUUUCGGAAGAAUCCGGAAGUGGUACGUCGUUGGGCAAAUGAAGUACAGGAAGCUAUUUCAUCGGAUAGCAACAUGGUCCAAUUCCAUGCUCUCGGUUUACUGUAUCAUAUUCGUAGCGGUGAUCGUUUAGCAGUGAAUAAAUUGGUUCAAAAAUGGAGUAAAUCAUCGUUGCUUUCUCCUUUUGCAACCUGCUAUCUUAUUCGACUUGCCGCCAAACUUGUUGAAGAAGAUGAAGCAGGGUAA